AGGGUGAUGUGUAUGCUGUGAAUUCAAAGCUGGGUGGGUCUACAGUGUUUCACAUUCCCAAAUAACUGCCGUGCGUAAAAGUGCCUUUCAGAGAGUCACAAUGUUGAUCCUGGCUGGAAUCGUCGUCCUGCACAUUACCACCAUCAUCCUGCUCCUGGUGGCCACCAUCGAUAACGCCUGGUGGGUGUCAGACAAAAUGAAGACUGACCUGUGGGGAAGGUGGGACAUUGAGGGCUCAUCCUGGAAGUACUCCAACACUUUAAACUACUCUGGAGACUUCCUCCAGGCGGUGCAGGCCACCGCAGUGCUGGCCUGUAUUUUUGCCAUCCUGGCCUUGUUUGUGUUUGUGGCCCAGUUGUUCACCCUGGCCAAGGGCCACAGGUUCACCUUCUCCGGAGUUUUACAGAUGAUCUCCUGUCUGUGCAUAAUGAUCGCAGCCUCAAUCUACACAGCCCAGUUACACACACAAGACCAAGUCGGGGGAUACGGACACUCCUUUGUCCUGGCCUGGAUCUCCUUCGUCUUCACCUUCAUCCUAGCCGUCACCUACCUCGUCCUGCGGAAGAAGAGCGAGUGAGAGGAUGAGGAGGAAGAAGGCAGGGCUGGGGUCAAUCGUGCUUGUAAUUAAAUCGUCUCAAUUAGUGCGUUUUCUUCCAAACCUGAAAAUACAAGUGAAAGAAACUCUAACAAAGCUGUCGGCGGCCACCGCUGGUCAACAGGAAAAAUAUUGUGAGGGAUUACGGGGUCGCAGUUUCACAUUUUGAGCCUCUUGUACACCUGAGAGGAAAAGCAGCAGGUGUGUAGGAAAAGAAAAUAAUGUGAAACAUAGAUACAAUACCUUGAUUCACUUGCUCAGUAUUUUUUUUUUAAGGUGUAAGGUUUCUGUCAUAGACCUUAAUCGGGCAGUUUAAAUUAAUGCUUAGCAAAUGAAGACAAUGUGUAAAUAUUGCAAACUGAAUCUGAAUUCACCCUAACACUAGAUGAAGGGCUAAACUGAAGAGGAUCUACAGUAUAAAUAGCUUUUUUUGGGAUUUCUGUUCAAUCAGAGGGAAGGAGGGAUGGGGAACUAAAUUCAUUGAGUUGGAAGGUGGUGUGGGGUACAAAAUUGUUUAAGUGAGGGAAUAAACUCUAAAUACCUUUAUUAAAAGCAGUAUAAAACUAACA